AUGGCGGACGUAGACGUAGCCGGUCUAAGCGCCGGAACCACGCAUACUGGCGUGACCGGCGGCGGUAGCGUGCCCACUGCGCGCCGAUAUUCUCUAGGCAUUGUGAAGCCUGACGGCGCGGGGGGAGAUGCCGGCGGCACGAAGGUGCUGAGCUCAAAAUCGGAGCUUAAAGACGCGCUGACGGCGUUUCAGCAGACGUUCGUCAUGUGCGACGCGACGAAGCCCGACAACCCUAUCAUGUUCGCCAGCGAGGGGUUUUACCAGAUGACGGGGUACACAGCGCAAGAGACUAUCGGCAAGAAUUGUCGUUUCCUGCAGGGCGCGGACACGGACAAGGCGGAGGUCGCGAAGCUGCGCGCGGCAGUGGCGGCGGGGGAGAGCUGGUGCGGUCGACUGCUCAACUACAAGAAGGACGGCUCGCCCUUCUGGAACCUUCUCACCGUGUCGCCCGUUAAGGACGACAAUGGGACGGUUGUUAAGUUCAUCGGCAUGCAAGUGGAGGUGACAAAAUACACGGAGGGCGCAAAGGACAAGGAGACGCGCCCCAACGCGCUUCCCGUCUCGCUUAUUAAAUAUGACGCCCGCCAGAGGGAGGAGGCGGAGAGCACAGUGUCAGAGCUGGUGGCGGAGGUGGGGAACAAGCCCCUGCUGGCGGAAGGGGGGGAGGCGGAGGGCGGAGCGCAGCCCCCCAAGGCGGAGGGGGAGGGGUCGGGGGGAGCAGCGGUGGGGGCGGAUGGGAAGAGCGGGCGUAAAUCAGGACUCAUGUCUCUGCUCUCCAAGAAGGAACGCUCUGAGCCGGCACUGGAGGCGGUGGAGGAGGAGGACGCGGGCGACCACAAGGCGAGGAGGGGGCUUGACCUGGCGACCACGCUGGAGCGAAUCCAGAAGAACUUUGUGAUCACGGACCCGCGCCUGCCUGAGAACCCCAUCAUCUUUGCAUCCGACGAUUUCCUUGAGCUCACAGAGUACUCCCGUGAGGAGAUUCUGGGGCGCAACUGCAGGUUCCUGCAAGGGCCUGACACGGAUCCCAAGACGGUGCAGAGGAUUCGAGAUGCGAUCAAGAAGGAGGAGGAUAUUACAGUGCAGCUUCUGAAUUACACUAAGUCAGGCAAGCAGUUUUGGAAUCUCUUCCAUCUGCAGGCCGUGCGCGACAACAAGGGCAUGCUGCAGUACUUCAUCGGAGUGCAGCUGGACGCCUCCCAGUACGUGGACCCCUCAAUCCACGGGCUUCAGGAGAAGCUGGCUAAAGAGGGAGAGAAGAUUGUUGUGGAUGCAGCCAACAAUGUGGAGGGUGCAGUCAGGGAGCUCGCUGACCCUGGUGCUGCCCCUGGGGACCUGUGGGCGGUGCACACGGCGCCAGUGGCAAUCAAGCCGCACAAGACUGGUGACCCUGCGUGGCAGGCCAUUCAGGAGGUGAUCAAGAAGGACGGCAAGCUCAGCCUGAAGCACUUCCGACCAAUCAAGCCUCUGGGCGCUGGAGACACGGGCAGCGUGCAUCUGGUGGAGCUGAGGGACACCAACCGCCUCUUCGCCAUGAAGGCGAUGGACAAGGAGGUGAUGGUGAAUCGCAACAAGGUGCACCGCGCCUGCACGGAGAGGGACAUCCUGGGGCGCAUCGACUUCCCCUUCCUGCCCACGCUCUACGCCUCCUUCCAGACCGCCACCCACGUGUGUCUGAUCACGGAGUUCUGCGCGGGUGGAGAGCUGUACGGCAUAUUGGAGAAGCAGAAGGGCAAGCGCCUGCCCGAGGCUGCUGCGCGCUUCUUUGUUGCUGAGGUGCUGCUCGCACUGGAGUACUUGCACUGCCACGGAGUGGUGUACCGUGACUUAAAGCCCGAGAACGUGUUGGUGCAGGAGUCGGGCCAUGCCAUGCUCACUGACUUCGAUCUCUCCUUCACCACCGAGUGCAAACCCAAGCUGGAGUUCCCUCCUGUGCCCCCGGAUUUCGAGAAGCGCAAGAAGAAGGCCGCCCAAGUCGGGUGUGGCGGGGCAACCAAGGGCCCAUCUCCUAUUGAGCUGGAGCUGGAGCUGCUGCCCGUUCUCGUGGCCGAGCCAGAGGCGACGAGCAACAGCUUUGUGGGCACGGAAGAGUAUAUCGCUCCGGAGAUUAUUAGUGGCACGGGACACAGCAGCCCCGUUGAUUGGUGGACCUUCGGAAUCUUCCUGUACGAGCUGCUGUACGGCCGCAGUCCCUUCCGCGGGCGCAACCGCCAGCGCACCUUCACCAACGUGCUCACUAAGGACCUCGCCUUCCCUGCUAACCCUCCGGUGUCAGACGAGGCCAAGGACCUGAUGCGCAAGCUGCUGCAGAGGGACCCGGCGGACCGCCUGGGGGCGAAGCACGGUGCCGUUGAGAUCCGAGCCCACCCCUUCUUCAAGUCGAUCGAGUGGCCGCUCAUUCGCAACAUGAAGCCACCGCAGCUGGACGUGCCAGUGAAGGCAAUUUCAGCAGAGGCAGAGGAGGGUAGGCCGUCAACAGCAGAGGAGGAGAUGGACUGGGAUGAGAAUGAGGCCAGGCCGUCCACUUCACUUGACUAUGGCUACUGA